AUGUCCAUGGCCCAAGAUCAGUGCGAGCCUCUGGGGCUCCGCCGUACUGAUGUGGACGGCUUUCUGAGCUCUGUUGGCGCCGAGCUGCGCCGCGCUUCAGAGUUCCUGGGCAGGAGCGGACUGCCUAAGCGGGCGCAGGGCCACAGGGCAGAUAGCUGGCCCCCUCCAUCUCAGGCACUCGCUCAAGUGGAUGUGAAUGGCGAGGCGGAGGGAGCGGGCUGCGGCGGCGGGCAAGGGGCUGAUACCGGGGUGGUGGAGCUGAUGAGCAUGCUGCUGCCUGGGGAGGAGGAGGAUGACGUGGCAACAGCGCCGGCAGGGGAGGAGGCAUCAGAGACUGCCGCAGAGCCGGAAGGCAUGGCAGGCAGCACAUGUGCGCAGCCGCCGCCGCAGCAGCAUGCGUUGGAGGCUCCUGUUGAUGCGGCAGAUGUGGUGAGAGCUUCUCAUGACGUGGCAGCCACUGCCAGCGACGCAUGGCAAGCAGCGCCUGCACCAGCAGGGCAGACAGGCCCAGCAGCCACGGAUGAGCAGCGGCGCAGCUUGACCAGGGUGCUGGCCUGGCUCGGUGGCACCGGUGGUGGCGGCGGCGGCGGCGGCGGCGGGCCAAGCCCUGCCGCACAGGCCCUUCCCAGAGGUCCGGGCCUGAGGGGCCAUGGCAGCGGAUGGGCCACUCAUGCCGACACGCACCCCGCGCUGCCAGCCAGCCAGUCUCCCCCAAGGCGCCCCUUGCGGCAGCAGGGCAGCCAGCGCCAGCCGCUUGCACCUGCGCCCCAGGCCGCGGCAUCGCCGCCCUACCGUGCCCGUCCUGCGCCGCCGGCGCCGCAGCGCAAGCUGAUGCUGGCGCGCCCGCCAUGCCGCGGCUGUGGCAGGGCAGAGGCAGACUGCUGCUGCGAGGCUGCUGCAUCCCCGCUGCGCCUGCUGCGCCUCAAGCAUGCAGGCUACAGCAGCCCAGCACGGGGCAGGCUGCAGGCAGCUCCGGCCGCAUGCCCAACAGCAAGAGCACCAGGGGCAAGCUGCCAGCCCAGGCGCUCGGCCAGCCUGGCUCAGCACUGGCCAGGCGCCCGCCAGGCUGCAGCCCCGCUGGCAGGGGCAGUAGCCGGCCAGCAGAGCGGCCCUGGCAUCAGCAUCGGCAGCAUCCACACCGCGCACUUUGGCUGGCGGGCGUCAAGACCGGCGCCGCCGCCGCAGCAGCCAGUCCGCAUAACAGCCGCCGGCACCGCCAGCGUGUGCGUAGGGCAUAGAGGCGGUGUAUGCUCUGCAUAUGCGCGUGGUCGUCAGCUGCGAUGCAGCGCCCGCCCCUGCCCUGCCUUCCUCGCAGGCGGCGGCGGCGGCGCGCUGGCGCAGCUGCAGGCCAUCUCGCGCGGCAUCCGGGGCCUGCAGGGCGACAUCGCCGGCUUCCUGCUGGACGCGCGGCAGCGGCAGCAGCAGGGAGAGCGGCAGCAGCAGGAGGAGCAGGGACCGAGGGGGGCACCAGGCGGCGCACCAGCGGCUCCCCUCGGGGACGGCGGCAGCGCUGGGGCAUGGCGGCAGGCGCCCUCCGGCACGCCGGGGCAGCCUUCGGCGAUGGGUGCUGGCGCUGCGCCUGUGGAGCGGCAGGCGCGGCGAGCUGUCAAAGAGCGGGCUCCUCCUCCGGCAGGCGCUCCAGGCGGCGAUCCGAGCGCCGUUGCAGGAGCGCAUUGCCGCCCGGCCCCACCAGGCCAGCUCCCAUCGCCAGCCUCGGCACCUGACGACCUCUUCACAGACGACUUUGUCCUGGGCAUGAUCACGGGGACAGACUUUGCCCGCCUGCAGCGGCAGGGCGGGGCGGCGGCAGCGGCGGCGGCGGCUGGCCAGACCACACUGCGCCAGAUGGCCCAGGAGGCGGCCAAGGAGGGCGGCGAGGCGGCCAAGGGCGGCUGGUUCAAGGACCUGUUUAAGAGCAAGCUGCGCCUGUUUGUGGCGGCGGGGCUGGGCAUCGUGCUGCUCAACGCCGGCGCCUCGGCUGCCUUCGACUGGUAUUACCACAAGACGGUGCUGGACACGCUCAUGCGCGGGGUGCUGCCCCCGCCACAGGCGCCGCCCGUGCUGCCCCGCGCCGAGCUGCGCGAGAAAGUGCGAGGGCUGCUGCAACCACAGGAGCCCUCCUCCUUCUACCACGUGGUCACGGGGCCGCCCGGCGGCGGCAAGACCACGCUGCUGCGUGAGGCGUGCCGGGAGGUGGGGCGGGGGGUGGGGUUCCAGGAGCACAUAGCGCGCAUCAACGUGGUGUCCAAGCCUAUGCUGGGCACGCAGUACGAGGACCCACGCAGCAAGCACCCGCUGGCCUCGGUGCGGCAGUCGGCAGAGGCGCUGCGCGAUGCGGCCCGCCGCCCCUUCGUGCUGGUGAUCGACAGCGCGGACCGGCUGGCCAGCAGCGAGGAGGGGGAGCGGGUGCUGGGGGCCAUGCGCGCGUACGCACGCGACUGGGCCCAGGACGGCACGGUGGUGGUCAUCUUUGUGGCACACACGUGGGACACUGUGGAGAAGCUGAUAGGGGACCACCCGGCGCAGUCGCGGGCGGCCCCCGUGCUUCGCGUGCCCGACAUCAGCCAGCAUGAGGCGGUGGAGUACUUGGCGCACCUGGGGGUGCAGGGCAAGCAGGCGGAGCAGUGCGCCGACCUGGUGGGCGGCAGCCUGCUGCUGCUGCAGCGCUGCGCGGGCAUGGUGAAGGCCGGCAUGCCCUUCCCAGAUGUCAAGCGGGAGCUGUUCGACUUGAUUGAGAUGGCCUACUCGGCAGCAGGCCUGCUGGACCAGACCCCGCAGCGCGAAGGCGGCCUGGCGGUGGUGGAGGCGCUGCUCAAGAGCAAAGAGGGCGCCAUCGGCGCAGCGGAGUGGCGGGAGAGCGUGCCCGACCGGGAGCACCAGCGGGCGCUACUGGGCAAGGGCGUGUUGCGAUCCGACGGCCGCACCGUGUGCUUCUCGUCCAACCUGGCGGCAGCCUAUGCCGCGGAGCAGCUGCGCUCCCGACUGCCCAACACGGUGCAGGAGCAGCACAAGCAGCUGAAGAGGCCGGGCUGGUGGUGA